CGUCAAGUAGCCUAGGAGAAAGGGAGAAACGCGUGAAGAAGGAACUUGGAAGAAGAAAAGAAGUUCCUGGAAAUCGUGACAGGGAAGCGGAGCACCCAGGGCAAUACAACAUUAAAAGCUCUCCACACAAAAGUUUAAAACAUGGAAAGUCAAGACCCUGCUGUUGUUGAGGCAGUAAAGGCAUCAGGCGAGUCCACCCUGGAGAAGGCCACAGCAAAAGCUAAAGAAAGAUUUGACCAGUUAAUGAAUGUCUCCCUUAACAUCGCUGUGACCGGAAAGACAGGAUCUGGGAAAUCCUCCUUUAUAAAUGCACUUAGAGGUCUAAAUGAUGAAGACGAUGAUGGAGCAGCACUUACUGGAGUCACAGAAACUACAAAGGAGCCCACCAUGUAUGAGCAUCCUGCAGUGCCAAAUGUGAAAAUCUGGGACCUGCCUGGAAUAGGGAGUCCAAAGUUCAAAGCAAAUAAAUACCUCAAAGAUGUCAAUUUUCACAUCUAUGAUUUCUUCAUUAUUUUAAACUCGGAGAGGUUCAUGGAGAAUGAUGUCAUGUUGGCUAAAGAAAUAAAAAAGCAGAAGAAAAACUUUUACUUUGUUCGUUCCAAGAUCGACAAUGACAUUUUAGCAGAGCAAAGAAAAAAGGGAUUUGAUGAGCAGAACGUUCUUUCCAAAAUAAGAAAGGACUGUCAGCAAAACUUGAAAGAACUGGGAGACCCCAAAGUUUUCUUGAUAUCAUCUUUUGAAUUGGAGAACUAUGAUUUUGAACUACUUCAAAAAUCUCUGGAAGAAGAGCUUCCAGAGCACAAGAGAUCUGCUCUUCUACAAGCCUGGCCAGUGUGCUCUGCUGAAUCUCUGGAGAAGAAGAUCAAGAUGUUUAAAGGGAUGAUCUGGGCUGCAUCUCUCGCCUCUGCUGGUAUAGCAGUCAUCCCUGUGCCUGGACUAUCAGUAGCAUGUGAUGCAAGCAUUAUGUUGCUUUUCUUCACAAGAUGCUACUAUGCAUUUGGUUUGGAUGAAAGAUCACUGACAAGGCUAUCUGAAAAAGUGAACAAGCCAUUGCUGGAACAUGUGGCCAAAUCAAAGUUGGCAUCUGCCAUCCGAGAAAAAGCAGUGGCCAGAAUACAAGUCUCUGCUGCACUUGCAUCCCUUGCUACUAUUGAGUAUGUUGCAAGUCUCUUUCCAGGUGUAGGAAGUGUUGCUGCUGCAGGAAUAUCCUUCGGUACUACUAAUUACCUCUUGAGAGAAGGAUUAAAUGAACUGGCAGAAAUUGCUCGAAAAAUAAGAAAGGAGGCUGAGCUGGACACACUAUGUUAGAAUUUGUAGAUGUCCUAGCCAUUAUUUGUUUAAGAAUGCAGUCAUUAAUUGGUUUUGUUGAUUGAUUUAAUUACUAUAGAGAAAAUAUGCAUUUUCUGCUUCUGAUAUGGACUUAAUGGCUGUAGCAUGUUUGUUAGAUUGUGUGCUGUUUAUGAAGGAGAUUAUAGUAUCUCCAUGUCUUCAUACAGUACAGUAUUCAAAGAUUAGAUUACAAUGUUCAUGCAUGGAAGCAUUUCAGAAAUCACUGACACUUUUAUUUAAUAUCAUACUACGUGUUGAAUUAUAUUAUACAGGCAAGUAUACUUUUUUUAAUUGUUCACAAUUUGUGUUAAUUUUCAAUGCUGAAAUCUGGAAAAUGUUAAAAGUCUCACAUGAUGUAUUGAUUCUCAUUCAAUAAAAAUGUGUUUAAAAACC